AUGACCUUUAAUAUCAAUAUAGACGGGACGACGUACACGGUUCAUCUGAAGCGACAAGGGCUGUUGCAGUUCUCAAAUGCCACCUAUGGAAUUGAGCCCUUGGAGUCUGCGCACGGGUUUCAGCAUCUCAUUUAUCAAACAAACUACGGGAACUCAAACCUUCCAAUUUCUACAGAGAAUUAUCACAUUAAGUGGAGCACAGAAUUGACUCAAAGGGUCAACAUAGAAGUACCGGCUAAUUUCACUACCCAGAGAUACCUGGAAAUACAAGUGGUUGUGGCCAAGACUCUGAUGUUUUUCAAACUCAACACAAAAGUCAUACUGACCUCUGUCGAGUUCUGGAAAAAAAAGGAUAAAAUUGAAACAACCAGGAGCAUGAAUGAAUUGCUGCAAAGAUUUACCGAGUGGAAACAUUCCCAUCUCAGCCUGCGACCCCACGACGUAGCAUUCUUGUUUAUCUACAGGGAGCAGUCUGCUUCUGUGGGGUCUGCCUUUGCAAGGAAGCUGUGCGUCAAACCCACCUCAGCAGCGGUUGCUGUGUAUAAAAAGGAAUACACACUGGAGAACUUUUCCGUGAUUGUCGCGCAGCUGCUGGGGAUCAGCCUAGGAAUAUACUUUGACCAGUCAAGAAACUGCUACUGUCCAGGAUCUGCUUGCUUAAUGCAUACUAGAGCAGUACAGGCCAGUGGUGUGAAGGCCUUCAGCAGCUGCAGCGUAAAAGACUUCCAGAGUUUUCUGGCCCACGGACAGGGGCAGUGCCUCCUGAACAGGCCUCAUCUGGAUCUCCAGUACAAAACCCCCUCCUGCGGCAACGGAAUCGUGGAGGACGGCGAGCAGUGCGACUGCGGCACCAAUCGGAUAAAGGAAAAAGGCACCUUGUGCAGAACCGCGCCUGACCAGGAGUGUGAUUUGGCCGAGUACUGCAAUGGCACCUCUACAGAAUGCACGGAGAAUUUUUAUGUCCAGAAUGGGCAAAUGUGCGAGGAGCGGACUGGGGUUUGCAUGAAUGCAGUAUGCCAAAGUCCUGAUCGAUGGUGCCGAAAAGUGUUUGGAAGAGGUUCAAAAAGCGCCUCGUCGCAGUGCUACGAGGAAAUUAACAGCCAGAGCGACCGGAUGGGACACUGCGGAUCCUCUGAGAAGGGAUAUCAGAACUGUCAGUGGCAGGAUCUCAGGUGCGGCAAGCUGGUCUGUGACUAUCCACACAACAAGCCUUUCCUGAUAGAAAAUGCAGCGGUGAUCUACGCAAGAGUGCAUAACCGCUGGUGCAUCACGUUAGAUUACCAAAAGGGGAAAACCAUGAAGGAUCCCUUCUUGGUUCAGAAUGGUGCUGGCUGUGGGCAAAACAAGGUUUGCAUGAACCAGAGGUGCGUGGAGUAUGCUACAAUCAAACCUUCCUGUGAUGCCGAAACAAAAUGUAACAGCAAAGGCGUGUGCAACAACAAAGGGAAUUGCCAUUGCCAGAAGGGCUGGGCCCCACCUGACUGCAAGACAAGAGAAACCGGAGGCUUGGGAGGAAGCAUCGACAGCACGUUCCGAAGUGCAGCGUCACCAGUCCGGCCCCGCGCUGUUAGUGUCACGACGAGGAACUGGCUGCUGGUGAGCUUCUUUCUGUUCCUGCCUGUCGUCAUUGGCUCCAUCGUCUUGGCUGUGAAAAUGAGAGAGUUCCUCAUGUGGCGCAGCGAUGAAGAGCCCAGAGACAAGGAAGAGGAAGAGGAGGAGAAGGAGGAGGAAGUUUACCAAGAAAGGCAGCAGCAGUGUACCAGCCUACUGGCCGCUGCCGCAGCAGUGGCCACUGCGGUUGGAGGAGGACGGGAAGCAGAGAGAGGCUGCGGCAGCAGCAGGCCAGCUGCCACUGCAGAAGCUGCUGCGCAGUUAAGUCCUUCUCAUGCGUUCAGUUUUCUGAUCGCGCUUCAGAAAAUUGUCAGACACAAGAGGGACAAACCAAGGACUCUGUAG